UAAAUGUUGCCAUAUCUUCCGUAUUAAAUGAUCAUAUCAGUUUGCAGGUAGCAGAUUUGAAGUCUAUAUAUAUACUACAUCCAAUUAAUCCCAACCCCUAAAGUUAUCAAGACACUCACGCAAAAGAAUGAAGGCACCGCCACAACAAGAAAUGACUUACUAUGACAAUGUCAAGAAACGGCAAGACGAACAAGGCUGCUUAUUCGCAACGUUUUACGCGUUGUUCUGUUGCUGUUGCUGCUACGAGAAGUGCAAGUGUUGUUGCUGCUGCGUUUGAUUUCUAUAUAUGUAUCAUCAUCUCAACAUUACUCUCAUUAAUUGUGUCCCUCGCAUCACAAUUGCUCUUUUAGAUCUACUUAGUCUUGCGAAUAAAAUGUAUAUGUAAUGGCUCAAGAACUCUAAAAGUUGAUAAGAUUUGAGUACUGUAUAUAUUAAUGAACAAAUUUUCACUUAUCAAACCGGGCGAAACCGGGCCAACCAGUCAAAUUUUCUGUAUAAUUCGCUUUCAAGUUAUGUUCACCUAAAUUUUGAACCGAUUCCAAACAAUACCAAACCGAACAAAAUCACAAAUGGUU